AUGACGCUCACCCUAUGGCUAGCUGGAGAGAGACACAUGUCCCAGGUGACAGGCGAACGGGCAGUCGACGGACUUCGCAAGUACCUUGUCCCCGAAGACCCCCGUACCCUCAGCGCCAUAUCCAAUCGCACUCGAGCCUACUUCCACCUCGGCGAAAUCGAAAAAAGCCACAAGCUACUCAUAUGGGUUCUCCGCCUCCAAAAGCGCUUCUUCAGCCUGCUCCACCCAGAAACCCUUCAUGACCCGCAAACGAACUCGGCAUGCUCCUCUGCAAAAGCAACUGCCACCUCCUCCAAGCAGCUCGUAGGAAAAACAUCCACAAAGCAUGUCGUGAGAUUACUGGGUGAAGAGGACGCAUACACCAUCUAG